AUGCAAAAGGAGGAAGACAUGGAACUAGAGUUUAAAUUGCUGGAAUUGAAUGACGUCGAGGAGACUGAAUUUGACAAAUUCGCCUUGAAUAGACCUCUGAUAGAAAAACACUUUGAAGAAUUAAAUUUUAAACAUUUUGAUAUCACGCAAAAUGAAGAAACCAAGUAGUGUGAGUUAAAAAUAUAAUCUUAAUUAGAUUUUCAAAUAAAUUCUUAGCAUUAUGCACAACUACAAUUAAUUUUCUAAGGAAGCGAAUUGACUGCAAAUCAUUUAUUGCCAAACCAGAUGGUUAACUCAUUUAAGUCAAAGAGAAAGUAAGCUACAUUCUUCUCUUUUUAGUAUUUGCAGCGACUAUUGGCAAGAUAUUUUUGUAGAAUAAAUAAUUCAUUACGAUUUGGGUGUUUUUGUAUAGAGAAUGAGACUGGACAGAUAUAAUUGAAAUUGAACUCGGUGAUGAUUUCAGAACAUUGGACAGAUCUGAUAUGUCUCCUUCCUAUGUAGAAUGACAACUAAAAUCAAGGAUCACUAUCAAGCUUACUAAAAGUACUGCAUUUCACUUCCCAUUAUGCAAUUGGAUAUCACAUUUAUAGGCUCAUGCAUUUAAUCAAUAAAUUAUCUUAUAAAGUCUUCCCUUUUUUAGAGUAAAAGUUAUAAGAUCAAUAUCGUAAGAUUCCUCCUUAAUUUGACAUUUACUUGUAGAGAAUUAAUGAAAUAGUAUAGAAUAAAUGCACCACUCCAAUAACCGAAGAUGAAACCAGAUAGUUUUAAUAGCAUUUUAAUUAUCCCAAAUAGACAAAUGCAUCUUUUAAGAUUAUGAAUUUCAUUAAGUUUUCUAAUCCCGAUCAAGUAGACAAUGGUGAUGGUUACGAGUUAAUUGGAGAGGGAGGGUUUUCCAUUGUAAAAAAGGGUCAAUUGGCCUUCACUUUGGCUUAGAAUUAAGGAUAAGGAAAGUAGGAAACAGAAGACAUUCCAGGAUAACCAAGAUAAGGUCAGCCGAAUAAUUCAAACAGAGUGGAAACGGAAGAACCCUCAGUAAAAUAAAUUCAGCAUCUAUGCAAUAAAGAAUAAGAUGAUGUCCAGGCUUUUAUAAAGAGAACUAUAGUGAUAAAAAAGGAUAAGGACAGAGAGAAGGAGAAAGUAGAUAAGCAAUAGAAUGAGAAGGCAGAAAAGAAACAGCCAAGUAGGAUUGUGUUGGAAAAGAAAAUACUUGAUAUCUUGUCCUAACCCUUGUAUGAUAAUAAAAAGAAGCUGAUUUUUAAUGGGUAUUGCCCUUACAUUGCCCAGUUCUAUAAAGCAGAUACAUUUGAUAAGAACAAUAUGCCAUUAUUUAAUGAACAUCUAUUCAUGGAGUUUUAUUAGCAUACAUCAUUGGACAAUUUUAGAUCGAAGUUCUAGACUACUUAGAGUUUGAACACCAGACUAUACAUUCUAUUCUAGAUCGCACAUGCACUCAGAUAUUUGUCCUAUUAUGGAGUGAUUCACAAUGAUCUGAAGCCUGGCAAUAUAUUGAUUGCAAAACAUUACAAUGCCAAAUUGACAGAUUUCGGAGAGGCUAUGUACAAGAAGGGAGAUCAGGUGAUAAUAUAAGGAGGGGAUGGAAGAACUCUUCCUUUUGCAGCUCCAGAGUCUCUGCCUGAGGAGUCUUCGAACAACUCAUAAAUAGGUUAGCCAAAAAUUGAUCAUAAAUCAGACAUUUUCUCGUUUGGCAUACUGAUGUAUGAGUUUCUGUUUGAAUAAUACCCAAUAGAUUUCAAAAAAAGUAAUCUCGCCAAUCUUCAAGAAAGAUAUAAAAACAAAACUUAUCAAAUAAGAUCCAACAUUGAUUUCAUAAAGACCUUUGGACCAAAGCAUCUAAUGAAAUGUCUCCGAAAUCUAGCAAUUAAAUGUCUUCAACCUGAACCCUAAAACAGACCCAAUAUUGAGUGGAUAAUCAUAUGUCUUAAAGAAGGAUUGAUGUAUCUAGAAAAGAUGUAUUGA